AUCUAACUCAUAUUUAGCUGUUUAUCAUCAUUGAUACUGCGCUCAAUAAGAUUUUGAUAACGUUAGUGAGGAAGUGGAGUUUUAAUAUAAUUCUGACGACUCAAUGCAACUCAGAUACGUUCCAUAGCAAUCAAUUUAGCUACUGGUAACAUCAGUAAAUUUAAUCUAGCAAAACGCAGGGAGUGGGACCAUGAAGCAGCUUCCUGCGGACACUGUCCGCCUGCUGUCCAGCUCCCAGGUCAUCACCUCUGUAGUCAACGUCGUGAAAGAGCUGAUGGAAAACUCCCUGGAUGCCGGGGCCUCCAGCAUCGACGUUAAACUGGAGAACUCCGGUUUGGACCGGAUAGAAGUGCGGGAUAACGGCCAUGGAAUCAAAGGUGAAGACGCUCCUGUGAUGGCUGCGACACACUUUACUUCAAAGAUCUGCAGCACCGAGGACCUGGAGAUGCUGGAGACGUAUGGCUUCAGAGGAGAGGCGCUGGGCUCGAUCUGCUCCGUGGCCGAGGUGACUGUUGUCACGAAGACAGAGGAGGACGACAUCAGCACCCAGUACACGCUUAACUUCUCAGGGGAGAUUGUCUCUCAGAAGCCGUCUCACUUCGGUCAAGGCACAACAGUGAGUGUACUGAAGCUUUUCAAGAACAUUCCGGUGAGACGUCAGUACUACUCCUCUACAAAGAAGUGCAAGGAGGAACUGAAGAAAAUACAGGACCUGCUGAUGGCCUACGCCAUUAUAAAGCCAGAGUUGAGGCUCACGCUCAUUCACAAUAAGGUGGUGGUUUGGCAGAAGGCCGCGGUGGCCGAUCACAGAAGUGCCCUCCUUGCUGCCCUGGGGGCCGGCACCGUGUCCAACCUGCUCGCUUGCCACCAUCAGCAAGAGCAGCCGGAGUUGCUUUUAGGUGGAUUUUUUCCAAAGCCUGGAGCCGAUUUCUCCUCGACCAGCUCACCCAACGCUGACAAAACAUUUCUAUUUGUCAACAACCGGCCCGUCCACCAAAAAGAUAUAAUGAAGCUGCUACGUCAACACUACGCUGCUCAGUAUCCAGAUGAGCCGACCCGGAACCGCUACCCCACCGCCAUGCUACACGUCACCGUUCCACCGUCCUCACUCGAUGUCAACGUGACGCCGGACAAGACCCAGGUUCUUCUUCACAACGAGGAGGCCGUGCUCACUGCAGUGGAAGCGUUACUGGUUUCUCUCUAUGGCUACCGGGCCGACACCGACCCCCCAGCGGAGAAGCAGCCCGGCAGCAAGACACCCCCCCCGCGGCCCGGCGCCGUGCCGACCGAUGCUUCGCCACCAGACCAAAGGCCAGAGCGCCUCGCCGGCCUCGCCGGUCGCCACGGUAACGUCCCCAACGACGGUGACGAAGCCCCGUCGCCGGGAACAAGCGCCGACGCUUCACUGCAGACCUCCAACGGCAGCUCGUCUUCUUCUGUGGCGGAGGACUGGGUCGUCAACCCCAUCCCAGCGGGGCUCGAGUCCAACGCCUUCCUCUACGCCGACGAGGCCGCUCAGAGCGCCCACGCGGCGGGGGGGGGCGGCGAGGGCCAGAUAUCGGCCGCGGACUGGAGCCGGGGGACGGCUUUGAUCGACCCGGCGACCCGGGAGCCCCUGCGGCCCGUCAAAAUCCAUCAGGCGCCGAGGGGCGGCCCCCCCGACUCCGAGGUGGAGGGUCAGAGCGCCUCAAACAGAAAGACGGUCAACGCCAUCACAGAGAAGCGGGCCGCUCUGACGGCCUACGACCUGAUCAGCCACCGCGCCAUGAGGGCGCCGCUGUCCCCCGCCGCCCUGUUCGAGAAGGAGGCCCGAGCGGAGGUCCUCAGGGAGAGACCCUCGGCCGGCCUGCUGGAGGUCAGCGGCGCCGUUCACGACAGGUGGAAAAAUCUGAGGGAGGAAGACCGCAAGAAGUUUGAGGAGAAGGCCAAAAAACACCUGGAACACCACGACCAAAGGACCCAGUUGGCCUCUGCUGCGGGCCUCGGGGAGGCGGGUGUGAGCGGCCCGAGGGGCCCCGCGCAGGGCCAGAAACGCAAGGCCCCGCUGUCCAACCAGCAGCUGCUGGACCAGCUCUUCGCCGCGCAGCCCCAGAAGAAGGCCAGGAACCCUGCACCCAAACCCUCGCAGCUCCUCCCCUGCAGCGUAGCUGCCCUUCGGCUGCAGCUCCAGCGCCUUUCAUCCCAGAGCAGCGCGGUGCCGCCGGGCCCCCGCCUUGUAAACCGGCUGGCCUCUCACAGCGCCUGGCUGCUUUUAUGUGGUCAGAGGCUCAUGUUGUUAAACCCAUUUCGAGUGGAGGAGGCCUUACUGUUUAAGAGACUCCUGGAGAAUAAUAUAGUUCCAGCAGUGAGUCUCCAGAAGCCCAUACAGCUAACAGAUGGAGUUCUCGGGGGGGCUGAAUAUGCAGAGGCUCUGUGCAGCAUGGAGAGAGAAAGGCCUGAGCCACAGGGAGGGGUCGUGUUCUGUGACCCCCGGCUGCUGGCUAAUGGCUUUCAGAUCCGACUCACUCCAGGCCUCACGUCGGCCCAGAGACAUCUGGAAGUGACAGCGAUGGCAGACUGCGUGCCUUUCCUCGGCGUGGAGGACCUCAGGGAGAUCCUGACAGCAGUUCUUCACAGGAAGGCCCGGUCCCUGCCAGAGUGCCGUCCCCUCAAAGUCACAAACUACCUGCAAGGUGAAGCAGUACGACUUGCUCGUCAGUUGCCUACCAAUCUGUCCAGGGAGGAUGUGGAGGGAACCCUUCUCCGGAUGCAGCAGCAGCUCGCUGGGAGCAACCAGACCUGCAUCCACGGCCGGCCGUUCCUGCAGCACCUGUCAGACAUUCCUUCCACACACCAGGAAGCCGAAGCUCUGCUGAGGCCUCUGGAGCUGUAGGAGGACGCCUCAAUCCAAAAAUAUCAGCCGUGCAAUUUCUACAACACAGCCGCCUCGUUUUAAAGUGACUGAUAUUUUCAUUCUGCCCAAACAAUGUGCAACUUUGUUAUAGAACACAACAUUACAAAUAAAAUCAUUUUCC